GGGCGGCAGGCGGUGGCGGCGGCGGGAGGAUCAACUGUUGGUCGGCGGCGAGAGUAGUCUCUUAACAGUGACUUCUGAUGUCCUAGCAAAUGGCAUCAUCCACUGCAGUGCUGAGAAGGUACUCCCGAGGACCCAGCAGCAACACGGCUAAGGCAGACUUGUUUUGAGCUCUUCUGGUUAGGCCCUGAACGGGAGUGAUGCCUCCAGGCAGGUGGUGCACUGUCCAUCCAGUUCAGGCCCAGUCUUCAAGGGAGCGAGGACGCCUUCAAAUGGUAAAGAAGGAAGAAGAGGAUGAAGGCUGCACUUCGGUGCAGGCUGCCAGGCCACAGACUCUGAACCGUCCUGGCCAGGAGCUGUUCCGCCAGCUCUUCAGGCAGCUUCGCUACCAUGAGUCUUCUGGGCCCCUAGAAACUCUGAGCCGGCUCCGGGAGCUCUGCCGCUGGUGGCUGAGGCCUGACGUUCUCUCCAAGGCACAAAUCCUGGAGCUGCUGGUGCUAGAGCAGUUCCUGAGCAUCCUGCCUGGGGAACUCCGGACCUGGGUGCAGCUCCAUCACCCUGAAAGUGGGGAGAAGGCUGUGGCCUUGCUGGAGGAGCUGCACAGGGACCUUGAUGUGACACCAUGGAUGGACCCAGGCUCUGCCCAGAGCCCAGAUGUGCACUGGAUGGGUACAGGAGCCCUGCGAUCUGCACAGAUAUGGCCCCCUGCUUCACCUCUCAGGAACGGCUCUGCUUUGGGGGACCACCUGGAGCCUCCCUGUGAAAUAGGAGCACGUGACUUCUUGCCUGGGCAAUCCGAUCCUCCUGCUGCCCAGGUUCCUGCCUUUUCCCAGAGAGAGGGGUGCCCAGGAGACCAGGAGGCUAUGACUUUCAAGGACGUGGAGGUGACCUUCUCCCAAGAUGAGUGGGGAUCGCUGGACUCGGCUCAGAGGAACCUGUACAGGGAUGUGAUGCUGGAGAAUUAUAGGAACAUGGUUUCUCUGGUGGGGCCAUUCACCAAACCUGCUCUGAUCUCCUGGUUGGAAGCAAGGGAGCCGUGGGGCCUGAAUGUCCAAGCAGCUCAGCCUAAGGGGAAUCCAGGUGCUGCCCCUACGGGUAAGCUCCAGAUUAAAACAAACAAGUUCUUCUUAAAUCCGGAACCUUUGGAAGAAGCAGAAACCCCAGCUGUGCCAUCAGAAUGUCUUGCAACAAGUGUUUCUCAGGGAACAGGGCUCAGCAGAUCUUUUGAACCAAAGAGCAGGUUCAAGGAUCAAUAUGGAAACCCCAUGCAAGUGAGAGUUAAGAAAGAAGAGACCAACUUCAGUCACAGGACAGGAAAAGAUUCUGAAGUAUCAGGAAGAAGUAAUAGCCUUGACCUAAAACAUGUUACAUAUUUGAGAGUCUCUGGGAGAAAGCUAUCCCUUAAACAUGGCUAUGGCAGACACUUCAGUAUAAUGAGUUCACACCACUUUGACUACAUAAGAUAUGGGAACGGGCUCAGAUACAUGAUUGGGGGCUUUAACCUACUUCAGAGAAUUCAUACUGGACUGAAAGGGAACAAAAAGGAUGUGCGUGGAAAAGACUUCAGCCUUAGCUCUCAUUAUCAACAUGGGCAGAGCCUUCCCACAGUGGGGGCGUCAUAUAAGUGCAGUGACUGUGGGAGGAUUUUUAGUCAUAGCUCCCAUCUUGUAUGUCAUCAGAAACUUCAUACUCAAGAGAAAGCAUUUAAAUGUAGGGUGUGUGGGAAAGCCUUCAGGUGGAGCUCCAACUGUGUGCGACAUGAGAAAAUACACACUGGGGUAAAACCUUAUAAGUGCAGUUUAUGUGAGAAAGCUUUCCGACGUAUGUCAGCCUACCGUCUGCACCAAGAAACCCAUGCUAAGCAGAAAUUUCUUGAAUCAAAUCAGUACGGGGAAGUGCUCGCCUACAGUUCAGGGUUUGAUCAUUUGAGAGACCGAAGUGGGGAGAAGCUCUUUGACUGCAGCCAGUGCAGGAAAUCCUUCCACUGUAAAGCCUAUGUUCUUGAACAUCAGAGGAUUCACACCCAGGAGAAACCCUAUAAAUGUACCAAAUGUAGGAAAACUUUUAGGUGGAGGUCAAAUUUUACUCGUCAUAGGAGGUUGCACCAGGAGGAAAAGUUUCACAAACAAGAUAAAUGUCAAGAAGACUUCAGGCAGAAUCCUAACUGCAGUCAGCCCCAGGAUGCCCCCACUGUGGAGCAAACUUUUUUGUGUCAGCAGUGUGGCAAAACAUUUACUCGAAAGAAAACCCUCAUUGAUCAUCAGAAAAUUCAUACAGCUGAGAAACCAUACCGAUGUGGGGAAUGUGGCAAAGAGUUUAUCUAUAAGUCAGCCUUUAUUGUUCAUAAGAAGAAGCAUACCAUGAAAAGAAAACCUGAGGGUGAGCCAUCUUUUAAGCAGGACAGAGUGUUUGCAGUUCCUCAGAGCAGUCACACGAGAGAGGAACCCUACAAAUGUAGCCAGUGUGACAGAGCCUUUCGUAAUCACUCAUUCCUCCUCCUGCAUCAGAGAAUUCACACUGGAGAGAAGCCGUACAAGUGCAGGGAGUGUGGGAAAGCUUUCAGAUGGAGUUCCAAUCUCUACCGACAUCAGAGGCUUCACUCUUUUCAAAAACAGUAUGAAUGUCAUGAAAUUGAAAAGACUCCAAAUCUGGAGCCGAGAAUCCUCACUGAUGAGAAACCUUUUUGGUGUCAAGAAUGUGGAAAAACCUUUACACGUAAGAGAACUCUUUUAGAUCAUAAGGGAAUACACAGUGGAGAGAAGCGCUAUAAAUGCAAUCUGUGUGGAAAAUCUUAUGAUAGAAAUUAUCGUCUUGUUAAUCAUCAGAGAAUCCACGCUAAAGAGAGACCUUUUAAAUGUCAGUGGUGUGAGAAAGACUUUGUUGGGAGACAAACCCUUUGUAAUCAUCAGAGAAAACACAUCAGAGUGGCAAAGUCUGAAUGCCACGUGCCCGGGUUGUUGUCCUGUCAGGACACAGAGUUGAGUUUACAGGAAUUAAAACCAAGUAAAGAGAAGCUUGUUGAAGAUUGUGAAAAAGUCUGUGACCAGAGCUCCAGGCUCACUGAACUCCAGAACAUACCCACUAAGAAGAAGUGCCACAAAUGUAGCAUUUGUGGAAAAGCUUUUGGCAAGAGUUCCCAGCUCGUUAGCCACAGGAGAUUUCAUACUCGAGAAAGGCCCUUCAAAUGCAGCAAGUGUGGGAAGACCUUCAGGUGGUCCUCAAACUUGGCUCGGCACAUGAAAAACCAUAUUAGAGAUUAGCCUAGGACCUGACAAUGACAAUGGGGUAAAUGAUUCCUAGCAACCUGCUAGAGAAACCUUAAUUAUAGGCACUGUGGGGAAAACCUCUACAAGGGGCCUAGUCCUUUCUGUUUUGGAAACUAGUGACAGAAUCCUGAGGAUUUAAAAGUUCAGGGAGUCCCCAGCCUACCUGCUGGAAGCGAUACUGGGGGAAGAACAGCAACAUGUUCUUUGGAGCCCUUCUGAAAACCUGGGCCAGUAGGAGUGGCCUUUGCACAGUAGCCUGGGGCACCUUCAGCCGGGUCUCCUACCACACCUCUUAGAGAGACCAUUGCCCUUUGUGGUUGGACAAAAUGUCUGUGGCAUCGUGACCUGUGGCUGCUGGAAACGGGCCAGUUGGAUCCUAAGUUUCUCUUUGAGCUUGGCCUGUGAUGAUGCCUAUUCUGUUGACUUUAAAAGUAGCAGCAGCAGCAUCAAGAACUCCUAGUCUUCCUGUUUGCCUCCUGUGGAGUUCUGGCUGGGCCUUCAGCCUUCAUAGCUGGCUUUCACAUGUCUGCGAGGGGGUUAGAGUUGUCUCCAUGGCAGGUGGAGAACAGGGUGCUGGGCUCGAUCGCUUGGAGCAUGGAUCUCUACUGGUACCCCGUGGCCAUCUCCACGCCGCAGGUAUGCACAGGCAGCAGCAGUCCAUCUGUUCAGCAGAAAUGUGCUAAGCACUUGGUGUGUGCCAGAGAACUGACAGUGACCAGAACAGACAAAAACCUUGCCAUCUUGGAUCUUUACAGAUGAUAAACCAAUGGGAUAUAUAGUAUGCUGGAUGGUGCUAUGUGUUGUGGACAAAGGAGAGCAGAGGAGACUGGGAGGUGGGUUGUGAUUUUAAAGAGAUUGGUGAAGGAGGGCCUCAACUGAGAAGGUAAAAUUUGAGCAAAGACCUGAAGGAGGUCAGGGAGUGAGCCAUGUACAUCUUUAAGGAGAGUUGCAGGCAGAGGAGGUGGGGUCUUGUUUGGUGUUCUCAGGAAAUAGCAAGGAGGCCCCUGGGAUAGAGUGGAGUGAGCCAACUGGCAGAGGUGGAGAGAGGGCCAGCGAGGUGAAGGGCCAGGCCAUGUGAGCAUGGCGGGUCAUCCCUGGGGCUUGGGCUGCUUCAGAGGGAGGUAGGGAGCUUCUGGACAGUUUCAAGUAGACAAAUGAUGUGGCCUGAAUCUGAAUUACAUUUUACAAAAGUUAACCACAGACCCAAGGACAGUAAAAUAGUAUGGCUGAUUUUUACGUAGUUAUCUCUGCUGCCAGUUUCCAUAAAUGAGACCCUCCCCCAUACCCCAUUUCUGAAUUUCCUGUAAGGUCUUCAGCCCUCAGCAGAUGUAAAUACUUAACCAUUAUUGUGUUUACAUCUCUAGCCUCUGCACACUGCAGGCAGCCCUCACCUUCACAUAGCCCUCUCCAUGCGUGGGGAACCUGCUGCUGGCAUGAGGUUCAACCCAAAGGUGCCAGUGCCUCAUGGGGGGGGCAGCAGGGAGGAGCCCUCCUCGCUUGCCCACCCACUUGUUUUGAAGCAAAAAGCAAGAGCCAUCUCAAUGCCGUAAAGUAAAGGAGUGGUGUUUCUCAAGUGUACAUAAAGUAAUCAUUGCUUCUGAUUAUUGAAGAGCUCAGAUUAUACAUGUCAGGAUAAAAUGUUUCACUCAGUAGUAGAGCAGCAUCUCAGACUGCAUUUUACUGCAGUGAGUAGGGGCCCACUCACGGAGCAGGCCAUUUCUUGUAAUGAGAAGAAACCAACCUGGAAAAUGUCUUCUCAGUAGUGUGUAGAGCAAUCUUACCCGCUCAGGAUCACCUUGGGCAAGUGAAAAUGAAGGCUCUGGUACUGUGUGGUGGUACAUGGGAUGGGCAGGGAGUGGGGCAGGCGUCUCCUGUGGUGUCCUGGUACACAUUCAGCUUUGUACUCAGAAGGUUUGGUCAUCUUGGCUCUGCCAUCCUCUUGCCUUCCUACAGCAGCCGCCCACGGCUUGGAAUCAGGUGUCCCUGCACUGGCAUAAUUCCCCAAACUGGCACUGAAAGUUGCUGGGCAGGGUCAGAGUCCUGUGUGCUUAGGGCCCAGGGUCAUGGGACCCUGGAGUCAUUAGAUCUGGGUUCCAGGCUCAGUGUGCCUUGGACUGGCAGAGUGAUCUAGGGCAAGUCAUUGGACCUCUGCCUCUAUUUCCUUGUGUGUGAAAUUAGACUACCUGGCUGUGCUGCCUGACUCCUGGGACUGGUGAAAGAGGGCUUGGUUUACUAAGACUCUGGGUUAGAUGGUUGACCUCUAGGACCAGGGCCCUCACAGAGGCCGGUUGGUGCUCCGACCACGGAAACCCCUUUCUGUCCAUAUUUUCAUCCCCUUAUUUCCUGUGCCACCUGGCACCUGGUAAAGUUCCUGCCCCAGAAGGGGUGGUUUUUUUUUCCCCUGACCAUAUCCUACAUGAAGUAGGAGUGUUUUUACUGCCAUUUUUAUAGAAUGAGAUAUACUUAUUUUAAACA